GCAGUUUAUAAAUCGAUUCAGAAACUCAGAGAAGAAGUCAAAGAAAGAUGAAGAAAUGAAGUGGGAAAAAGAAUCAUGAUGGAAAUAUGGACAUGGAGUGGAAAAAGAAUUCUUCUGAAGUCCAAAUGUCGUCAGCCAAUGCACUUUUGGUGGGAGAAACGAGAGCCGCGCUAGGAGGAGGGGGCGGCGGUAGCGAGGAGCCCUGCAACAUCUGUAAAACUUGAAGGAGGCAGCGGCGAGAGGCGUGCGAGAGGCAGGAAAGCAGAGGGGCAACUUUUCCGACACGUAUUAGUGCAAGGAGAGCUGAAGUAAUGAGAAGUCAUCAUGGAGGCGCAGUCCCAUAGCUCUACCACUACGGAGAAGAAAAAGGUGGAGAAUUCCAUUGUGAAAUGCUCCAGUCGAACAGAUGUCAGCGAGAAAGCUGUUGCCUCCAGCACAACUUCCAAUGAGGAUGAAAGUCCUGGGCAGACCUAUCACAGAGAGAGAAGGAACGCGAUCACAAUGCAGCCGCAGGGUGGGCAAGGCCUCGGCAAGAUCAGUGAAGAGCCUUCCACGUCGAGCGAGGAAAGGGCCUCAUUAAUCAAGAAGGAGAUCCAUGGAUCUAUAUCGCACCUUCCCGAACCUUCUGUACCUUACCGUGGGACGCUCUUUACCAUGGACCCCCGGAACGGCUACAUGGACCCGCACUACCAUCCGCCUCACCUCUUCCCAGCAUUCCACCCUCCUGUACCAAUUGAUGCGAGACAUCAUGAGGGACGCUACCAUUACGAACCAUCUCCCAUUCCUCCUCUGCAUGUGCCUUCUGCCUUAUCUAGUAGCCCAACGUACUCAGAGCUUCCAUUCCUUAGAAUCUCACCACACCGAAAUCCUGCUGCGACAUCCGAGUCUCCCUUCAGCACCCCUCACCCGUACAUUAACCCCUACAUGGACUACAUCAGGUCCCUGCACAGCAGCCCGUCCCUCUCCAUGAUCUCUGCAGCCCGCGGCCUCAGCCCAACAGACGCUCCACACGCUGGCGUCAGUCCAGCUGAGUAUUACCAUCAGAUGGCUCUGUUGGCAGGCCAGCGCAGCCCCUACGCAGACAUCAUUCCUUCAGCUGCCACCGCAGGAGCUGGUGCUCUUCACAUGGAGUAUCUUCAUGCCAUGGACAGCGCCAGGUUCCCGAGUCCGAGGUUGUCAGCUAGACCGAGCCGAAAGCGUACCUUGUCCAUAUCGCCUCUGUCUGACCACAGCUUUGACCUUCAGACCAUGAUCCGGACAUCUCCAAACUCCUUGGUCACCAUUCUCAAUAAUUCCCGCAGCAGUUCCUCAGCCAGUGGUUCUUAUGGCCACUUAUCUGCAAGUGCAAUAAGCCCUGCUCUGAGUUUCACAUACCCUCCUACACCGGUAUCCCUCCAGCAAAUGCAUCAGCAGAUUAUAAGUCGUCAGCAAACCCUAGGUUCAGCCUUUGGACACAGCCCUCCGCUCAUCCAUCCUGCUCCGACUUUUCCUACCCAGAGACCAAUUCCUGGCAUCCCCAGUGUCCUGAACCCUGUCCAGGUCAGCUCUGGACCUUCUGAGUCCACUCAGCAGAAUAAACCCACAAGUGAAUCUGCAGUGAGCAGCACUGGAGAUCCCAUGCACAACAAGCGCUCCAAGAUAAAGCCUGACGAGGACCUGCCCAGCCCCGGAGCAGGAAGCGUGCAGGAACAGCCAGAAGGAAUGACCCUGGUAAAAGAGGAAGGGGACAAAGAUGAAAGCAAACAGGAGCCUGAAGUGGUUUAUGAGACAAACUGCCACUGGGAAGGCUGUUCCCGGGAGUUUGACACGCAGGAACAGCUCGUGCAUCAUAUAAACAACGACCACAUACACGGCGAGAAGAAGGAGUUCGUGUGCCGCUGGCUGGACUGUUCGCGGGAGCAGAAACCAUUCAAAGCCCAGUAUAUGCUGGUGGUCCACAUGAGGAGACAUACAGGGGAAAAGCCACACAAAUGCACUUUUGAAGGUUGUACAAAGGCCUACUCCAGACUAGAAAACUUGAAAACGCACUUGCGCUCUCACACUGGAGAGAAACCAUACGUGUGUGAACACGAAGGCUGCAACAAAGCUUUCUCCAACGCCUCCGACAGGGCCAAGCACCAAAACAGGACUCAUUCCAACGAGAAGCCCUACGUGUGCAAGAUCCCCGGCUGCACAAAGCGCUACACGGACCCCAGCUCCCUGCGCAAGCACGUGAAGACCGUGCACGGCCCGGAGGCACACGUCACCAAGAAGCAGCGCGGAGACAUCCACCCCAGGCCGCCGCCACCCAGAGACCCAGGCAGCCACCCUCAGACCCGGUCACCAGGCCAUCAGACUCAGGGUGCUAUUGGUGAGCAGAAGGACCUCAGCAACACUACCUCAAAGCGUGAAGAAUGCCUCCAAGUGAAAGCAGUCAAAGCAGAGAAACCAAUGACAUCUCAGCCAAGCCCUGGUGGUCAGUCUACAUGCAGCAGCGAACAGUCCCCCAUCAGCAACUAUUCCAACAAUGGGAUCGAGCUUACUCUGACCAGUGGUGGUAGUGUAGGAGACCUCAGUGUCAUCGAUGAAACCCCAGUCAUGGACUCUACCAUUUCCACAGCCACCACAGCACUUGGCUUACAGGCCAGGAGGAAUAUGACAGGGACCAAAUGGAUGGAGCAAGUGAAAUUAGAAAGGUUGAAACAAGUUAAUGGAAUGCUUCCAAGACUGAACCCCGUUCCACCUUCCAAAGCCCCGACCUUGCCACCUCUCAUAGGAAACGGUACCCAGUCGAACAGCAGCUGCAGUGUAGGAGGACCCAUGACUAUCCUGCCCAACAGGAAUGAACUUUCAAGUACGGACAUCACUGUGUUGAACAUGCUGAACAGGAGGGACAGCAAUACUAGCACAAUCAGUUCAGCCUACUUGAGCAGCCGCAGGUCCUCUGGAAUCUCACCUUGCUUCUCCAGCCGGAGGUCCAGCGACGCCUCCCAGGCAGAGGGAAGACCACAAAACGUGAGUGUUGCAGACUCCUACGACCCCAUCUCGACAGAUGCCUCCCGGCGCUCCAGUGAAGCGAGCCAGUGUGAUGACCUGCCAAGUCUGCUCGGCCUCACCCCAGCCCAGCAAUACAGGCUGAAAGCUAAAUAUGCAGCAGCUACUGGUGGACCCCCACCAACUCCACUGCCUAACAUGGAGAGGAUGAGCCUCAAAACAAGGAUGGCACUCUUGGGUGACUGCAGGGAGUCCGGAGUAUCUCCACUGCCUCCAGUGAAUGUCCCUCGAAGAUGCAGUGAUGGUGGGGCAAAUGGUUACAGCAGGAGGCAUUUUCUGUCUCAUGAUACUCUAGGAAAUGGGACAAGGAGAGCCAGCGACCCAGUAAGAAUGGCCUCAGACAACCUCUCUGUCCCUAGAGUCCAGCGUUUCAACAGUCUUAACAGCUUUAACCCUCCUGCUUUGCAUCCAUCCAUGGAAAAGCGCAACCUUGUUCUUCAGAACUACACCCGUUCUGAGGGUGGCGUCUUCCGUGGCUUCAGCUCCCCCUGUCCUCCGAGCAUCAGCGAGAAUGUCGCCCUGGAGGCUGCUACGAUGGAAGCGGGUGGCAGUCUGAACGAUGAGGAUCUCCUGCCAGACGACGUGGUUCAGUAUCUGAAUUCCCAGAACCAGGGCAUGUACGACCACUUGUUGAACAGUGUUCUAGACAGCAACAAAAUGCAUCACAGCUCACUGUUAGGAAACAACAACCCCAGCAACUUUGACCAAGCCUCUCCACCGAGCAGUCAGCAGGCAGGUUCUGAGGCAAACAAGAGUGACUUGCCGAUUCAGUGGAACGAAGUAAGCUCAGGAAGUUCUGACCUGUCUCCCUCGAAACUGAAAUGCGGUCAGCGCUCGGUGCAGCAGACCCGAGCCUUCGGACUGUAUAACAAUAUGAUGGUGCAGCAGCAGAGCCUGGAAAGAAGCAACAUGACCCAGCAGAACGGCUAUCAGAACCUGGUGGAGAACAGUGGUUCCUACGGUUUGCAGCCAAAUGUGCUUCUUGGCAGCGGAGCUGGUGAUGCCUUCAGCAUGCAGCCCGACAAGCCUUACAGCGACAGCAGCGGCAGGCAGGCAUUGAUGUCUGGGGCUAUGGACAAUUCCUGUGCCCUGGCAGUUCAAGGGCAGAAACUGAGAAGCAGCAAUGUGCCAGUCAGUGGGAACCAGCAAAAUUUUGUCCAUCCCAUGGCAUCCAGCGAUCAACCCAGCAACAUGGCAAACGGGAUGCAGAACAGGAACACGAUGGAACAGGAGUAUUUACAAAGCCAACCAGUUGGAAAUGGCAUUCAUUACCAGGGAGUCAAUCAGCCUGGUCAAAUGAUGCUAGGGCAGGUUAGUCCUACCUCACAAAGCAACCUGUAUCAGGGGCCGCAGAGUUGCCCACCGGUGUCUCACACCAUUGGUAGCCAGCCUUCAGGUUUAUUGGUGGCCAAAAGUUACCAGCCGUGCUCUAAUUACAGUGGCAACAGACGGCAAACCACGUCGAGAACCAACCUGGCACAACAGCAAGGACACGUAAGUGAUGGCAACCAGACAUACAGGGUAAACACCAUUAAGACGGAGAUGCAAGGUCAGUCACAGCAGUUCUGCUCUAACAUGCAGAAUUACUCUGGUCAGUUGUAUGACCAAAGCACAGGCUUUAGCCACCAAGCUAUGAAAACAGCUUCUUUCUUUGGUUCAGAAGCUAACUGCCUGCUGCAGGGGACUGCGACUGCAAACUCAUCCGAGCUUCUUUCCCCGGGGGCUAACCAAGUGUCAAGCACAGUUGACAGCAUUGACAGCAACAGCCUAGAAGGUGUGCAGAUUGAUUUCGAUGCUAUCAUCGAUGAUGGGGACCAUGUCAGUUUAAUUUCAGGAGCCCUGAGCCCAAGUUUCAUUCAGAACCUCUCCCGCAAUUCCUCGCGCCUCACCACUCCCCGAGCGUCUCUUACAUUCCCAGCUAUGCCCGUAAGCACAACCAACAUGGCUAUUGGGGACAUGAGCUCUUUGUUGACCUCACUUGCAGAAGAAAGCAAGUUUCUUGCUGUUAUGCAAUAGACAUUAAAAAACAAACAAAGGAACGAACAAAAACUAAAACACCAACCCAACAAGCAACAAAGUACCCUUAGGAGAUAACAGAUGGGAAAACAAAAAAGACUCAUAUUUUUUAGUUGUGUAUGUAUUUUAGCAAUCUCAUCUCACCUAAAUGGGAUGUGUUUCAAGUAUAUUCCUUUUAUGGAAUAAGGACUCUGAAAACCCUAAAGUGUUCUAGGGAGAAACUGUCUUCCAUUUCAGUUUUCAAUCAGUAUUGCUACACCCAUUCCCCCCCCACCUCCGCCUUCUCUGUUUUCUCUCUCCCCCCCUCCCCUUUAUGAAUGUCUGUAUGCUUCCUUUUUGUCCCCUUUUCAUUUUGUUUGGGUUUUUUUAUAACUGUAACCCCAUGUAAAGGUGUGAAGUGCAUGUUUUUGCUUUGUUCUGGGGGAUUUAUUUCUGUAAAGAUAGGGCUGAUGAAAUGGCUUUGUGAUUUGCUCGAAAGAAAGCUAAGCCUUGGAAAACUGUUGGAACUUUCCCCCCCUCCCUAAACCUAUAGGCACAAAAUAAGCAGUGUGAAGUGAGCAUACAGUAGUGGGAUCCUCUCUGGAUGCACAGGGUACAUCACACCAAGGUGGGCAACCAGUUUAGAAAGGCGCUGCUGUGGCACCCCUGGGCUGUAGGUUUAGAGUCAUGGAGCACAAAUGAGGAGGUUCAAGCAACUCAGAAAUGUGGAAGUUAUCAGCAAAUGUUUGAGGUUUUUGUGAGCACACAGAGCUGUCACUGCCUUGUGUAAUGGUGCUGGGAUCCUGUCACAUGUGAUCCCUUUCAGAGGAAGGAGAGGACCAGGAAGGUAUCCUUAGUCCAGCUCUCCCCUUUUGCAGUGUUUGGUAUUCUGGUUCUCAGCCUUCUUUUUAAAUGACUGGCCAGUGACAUUCUGGGCGUGCUCAGUGACGUGGGCAGUCUGUGAUCCCUUCUUUACGUACCACGUUUAUGGAGAGAUGAUCAGCGUCUCAUGGAGGCUUUCAUGCCAUAGAACAGCAAACUUUCUGUAUUCCAUCCUGGGGGAUUCUGGUUUAGGUUUUGUUGUUGUUGUUUGUUUUUUUGGUCGGGUUUCUUUUAUGCGAAUUGUUGAGUUGUGUUUUGCUGAGCCACUGUUUGUUCUUACUCACAGCAGCAGUUCCCUUGCCAGGAGAACUUUCUUGUACACCCCUUGUAGCACACACAGCCCCACGGAUGGAUUGUCUGUUUUACAAGGUCUGCUGGUUGGUGUAACACACAGCUCUGGUUUCCAAAGCAUCAUGGCUGUGGCACGUCACAUGUAGAGAACAAACAAAUAACCCAGUUCUCAGGCUAGCCAAAUAGACCAGAGUGGUUGUGCUCAAUCUCAUAGCUUAAGCUGCAUCCAAGCUUUACAAAGUGAAGGAUUUUAAGCUGCCAUUAGGACCAGCAGAGAAACAAAGUGGAACAGCAAGUCAGUCUGGUAACUAACCAAAACUCAAGAAAACCAACCCAGCCUCUCUCAGUGACACCAAUGUGCAUUUCAUUUCAAAGCAAACCAGCAGGGCAGUGCCCAGGCUCAGCUACACCAGCAAAAACUGUAACCAGUGUGCUGUGGUUGUGAAGCUGCUUACCGGCAGAGGUGAGUGGCAUUUCCUCUCUGAGCAUGAGCCCUUCUGGCAUGGUUUUUGGUUUUGCUGUGCCGUCCUCCAUGUCAGCACUCCUGGAAACACAGUGCUCCUGGGAAAACAGGUUGGGAUGGAGAAGAGUUACAAGAUCAAGGUUUAAGCUAAUCCACUCCUAGAACCUGCAUGCAUGUCCAGUCCUUGCAAACUUCUCAACUAAAUCCCAAUAGUAAUCUGUUGCUAUGGGGUGUAAGUGGUGCAAGCACUUACAGUCAUGGAUUCAAUGGGAGGAGCUGCUGCUAGAGUAGUAAUUCAGUGAGGAAGGGGGAGUAUGGUCAGUUUUGCAAUACAGAUAAAGUUUAACCCAGAUAAAAUUAGGAGUAGCACCAGAAGGUGCUGUCUGUAGAACUCAUAAGCCAUAGCACUCAAUUGCUUUUACUGUAAAAAAAUGUGAAAUUCCGGCUAAUUCAGGACAUGCCACUUGAGGAAUGUGUAGGAAUACAGCCUCAGCAAAGCUGUGGGAUAACACUCAGCUAUUAACAGCUGUUAGAUUGAGAGAAAGAAGCUGUAAGUCAGCAGGAAAACUUCAUAGGAAUCCAGUGCUGGGGCCGUGUUUGGGCUCCUCGCAGGACGUACCAAGUGAUUGCACUCUGAGCUGGAAUGUCAGAAAUCAGGACAAAUGUAAAUAUCCUGCAGCUUUUAUCACCAGCCAGCUCCCAUCUUUCACCCUAGCUUUAGCAAGCAUUUCUUCUUUCCUCUGUCUCUUGCAUGCAUAUUCCCCCUGCCCUGUUUUUUCCCACUCACCUCCCAAGUUCCCUGCCUGUGACCAGCUAUCACAGCCCUCCUGAAGCCUUUCCCUGAGCCUCCUGGGAAAUCCACCACAGCUCACCAAGGAGAACAGUUGCCUUGCUGUUCAGCAUGCCCAGAGAGGGACCUGCUGCCCUUACACAGCCCUUGCUCCUGCCGUGCUGCUGGGGUCAGGAG